AUGGCGGACAAGGAGAUCACCAUGGUCGUCAAGGUUGACCUUGAAUGUGAGAGAUGCAACAAGAAGAUCAGAAGGGUCCUCCACAAGAUCAAAGACAAGAUGAACAUCAAUACUAUCUCGUUUGAUGAAAAGAGGAAUGUCGUGACCAUCUCUGGCCCGUUCGACGCCGAGAAGGUCCGUCGUAAGCUCUGCUGCGAGGCUGGCCGGAUCAUCAAGGGUAUGGACGUCAAAGCGCCCGAGGAGAAGAAGACCGAGGAGAAGAAGGACGGACGCAUGGAAAAGGAGGAGGACGGAAGAAAGAUUGCUGCGGCGCCCGCGGUGAACCUCCGCCCGCUGCUGGAGAAGAUGUUGGAGCGCCCCAAGGCCAGGACCCAGCCGCCCGCCUGCACCUGCUGCUGCGGCUGCAGCUGCGGCCAGCAGACCACGCAGCCGCCAGCAGCUCAGGUCGUCGUGGCCGAGCCGUCCGUAUGGCCGGCGCCGGCCAGCUCCGUCUCCGGCCAUGGCAACGAGGCCCCGUCGUCGUACUACGGCGUGCCGGUGUACAGCAUCGAGGGGUGCAUUUUGUCCCCAAGACGAUUCGCCUCUGCGUGCGCGACCUCGGCUUGGUUUGAAGACGCCGCCGCACCUCCUCCUCCUCCUUCUUCUUCUGCUUCUCCUCCUCCUCCAUCACAGAAAUUCGGUCCUGUUACUACCACCGCUAUCACCAUGGUCGUCAAGGUUAACCUUGAAUGCGAGAGAUGCAACAAGAAGAUCAGAAGGGUCCUGCACAAGAUGAAAGACAAGACGAAAGUCAAUACUAUCUCGUUUGAUGAAAAGAGGAAUCUCGUGACCAUCUCUGGCCCGUUCGACGCCGAGAAGGUCCGUCGGAAGCUCUGCUGCGAGGCUGGCCGGAUCAUCAAGGGUAUGGACGUCAAAGCGCCCGAGGAGAAGAAGACCGAGGAGAAGAAGGACGGACGCAUGGGAAAGGAGGAGGACGGAAGAAAGACUGCUGCGGCGCCCGCGGUCAACCUCCGCCCGCUGCUGGAGAAGAUGUUGGAGCGCCCCAAGGCCAGGACCCAGCCGCCCGCCUGCACCUGCUGCUGCGGCUGCAGCUGCGGCCAGCAGACCACGCAGCCGCCAGCAGCUCAGGUCGUCGUGGCCGCGCCGUCCGUCUGGCCCGCGCCGGCCAGCUCCGUCUCCGGCCAUGGGUACGAGGCGCCGUCAUACUACGGCGUGCCGGUGUACAUCAUCGAGGGGUGGUAA